ACUGAAAUAUUAGUUCAGCAGUGAUGGAUUCUUUGCAAAAUCAGGUUUUUGCAUUUUUUCCCCUCUCCAUAGGAUUUGAAAUAUUUAAUAUUUCACAAAAGUUCACCUGUUUUGUCAACCUACAUAAAGUACUUCCGGGAACCUCCCACGUGGUGUCGCUGUUCGUCCUGUCAGUCCGCGUGACGUCAGAUGUAAACACCAGCAGCACCCAUGGCCUGCAGGUCCUCCUGACCCCAUUCAGCUGAGCAGCGAUGUCUAAAAUACGAUACCGCAUGAGGUACAGCACGCCGGGCGUCGUCGCCGCGAGGCUGUUCUCCUCCGGUCCCGCCAAGAACCCUGUCGUGUUUUUGGACGUCGAGGCCGACAGUGAGCCUCUUGGGAGGAUAACCAUUGAGUUGAAUGCAGAUGUAGUGCCAAAGACUGCAGCAAACUUCAGAGCGCUGUGCACGGGGGAACCUGGCUUCGGAUUCAAGGGCUCUGUGUUCCACAGGGUCAUACCUGAGUUCAUGUGUCAGGGGGGAGAUUUCACCAACCACAACGGCACAGGAGGGAAAUCUAUAUAUGGGAAGACGUUCAAAGAUGAAAACUUCAAAUUAAAACACACCGGUCCAGGAACACUUUCAAUGGCAAAUUCAGGGCCGAACACCAACGGCUCCCAGUUCUUCAUCUGUACGGCUAAAACUGAAUGGCUUGACGGUAAACACGUGGUGUUCGGGCAGGUGAAGGACGGUAUGGACGUGGUCGCCAAGAUGGAAUCCUUCGAUUUACAUGACGGCGGUGUGAUUAAGAAGAUUGUCAUCACUGACUGUGGGGAGAUCCCCCAAAAUCACACAAGGACUUCUGUGGGAUGACUAGGCAUGCGAUUUGGUAUUUACUUUAUCUUUCAUCCGUGUUCACAAUACUUUCAAGGAGGAGCCGUCACCUGUGAUCCUGCUCAGCCCUAAAAACUGAUAUUUUUCCAUCAGUUUAUAUUUUUUUGUGUACAAGCACUAAGUCAUCCGCUUUGUAAAAUGUUCUUAUUGUGCAAUUACUCUCCAUUUACAGCCAAAUAAAAAGACUGUUUUCA